CAUGUCGCACACCUGCCUGCCCCCGUCGUCCACCUCAGCGUCCUCAGCCAGCCGCCUCGUUUUCCCAAUCUGGAAAUUUACCACGACACCGCCGGCGUGCGCGUGCCACAGACAUUCCAACCCCGCACGUCCGCCCUCCCGCCGGGCCCCAAUCCCGACCGUCCCCCCCAAGUCCUCUCGCGCAGCGCAGGCCGCAGGCGCAGCCGGGACCAGCAACCGCUCUUUCCCCCUGCUCCUCCCUAGCGCGAAGAGAAGAAGCCGGCGGCUCGGGUUGGAGCGGCUGAGGGUGAGACGUACGGCGAUGGCGGCGGCGCGUCGUCGCGGCCGCGUGGAGCUGCGGCGGAUCGAGGACCGGGUGAGCCGGCAGGUGCGCUUCUCCAAGCGCCGUUCGGGCCUCUUCAAGAAGGCCUUCGAGCUCUCCCUCCUCUGCGACGCCGAGGUCGCGCUCCUCGUCUUCUCCCCCGCCGGCAAGCUCUACGAGUACGCCUCCGCCAGCAUAGAGGAUACAUAUAACCGCUAUCAGCAAUUUUCUGGAGAAGGAAGGAAUAUGAAUGACGAUCGAAAUAAAAACAAUAACAAAGAUGAAGCUUCUUCAGAUUUGCAGUUGAUGCUGAGAGAGAUUGCAGCCUGCAGGUCUCCCCAGAGCAAUGAUGACGAAUCAGAUGUCGAUGGGCUGCAGAAGCUGGAAAAUCUUCUGAGAAAUGCUUUGAAGGAUACGAGAUCCAGGAAGAUGAACAUGUUGGCGAAACAAAACAGUGGAGCGAGUACAAGCGGCCAGAAGAGCGAGGGCGUUACAAGUCAGGAGCAAGGAACGGCAUGAGGCACGGAUCUGUCCAGCUGAUGAGUGCAUGUGGGCGUUGGCGUGCACCGUGCACCUACCUGGGACUGCUCCGUCUUACUGAUCGAUGCUUGUACUGAUUGUGGCCUUAGCUUGUGGGUUGCGAGACUGUACAUUGUUGCGUUGUGCUAGCUUGGGCCUGCCAACCUUGCAGUGUCCCUGGACCCUGGAGGGGAGCUAGUGUAGUUUGAUGCUCCCCCUUGUGUGUUGUGAUAUGCAGCCUACCUUGUAAUGGCCAAAGUUUGGUGCUGCAAGCCUGCAACAACUAACUGAUCAGGUUGCAUUUCGUGCUUGACAGUAUAUACAGUAGCGAGUUACUGUAUUUGAGUUCCUAUACGUACGCGUGGUCAGAUGAAAAUAAAAAACUGGGCUAGCUAGUUCCAUCGAGCAAAACGAUGGUAUUAAUUGCACAGGUGCUAGCUAAAUGAUAUUCUUGGUGUUUACGCAUGCCGUCAUCAUAUAUAACUGGAAUUCUUCC